AUGAAAUGGAAUGGAGCGGCCAGCACAGACCAUGCAAAAAUUCGGGCUAGCGAGCAGUCGACCAGCGACCAGACCCGCCAGACCCCAGCCAAAGGCCAACGCCCUCGUGAGUCGCAUCGCGCGUUGAAGAAUCGUGCACUUUGCAACCAGGCCGACUCCACCUCAUCAGAAUCACUACCGUACCACAACAUCUUCCACGCACCGCUGCUCCUUCUCGUCGCCCCGGCCCCAACCAAGGUUGACACGCGCACCCGUAUCCUGGCCAUGGUCCAGCAACAGCAUUAA